CAGGUGAUUGGCGGGGAGCGCUCGGAUCAUCUUAUUCCCGUGCCGCUCAGCAGUGCGCCCACCGACCAAGCUAUUCGUGUCGUAAAGGCGUUCCAAGCUGGCUUGGAUAGAAGGGAGCCGAGUUUGACCGGUCAGUCAGCGGCACGACUUCGAGAAAUCAGUCGGCAGCUAAGACUCCAAGUGGAAAGCGAGGGACGAGCACGUUCUACUUCUCGCGGUAACAUCGGUAACAUCAAAGGUGGAGGAUCGAACAAUACGGCAUUGUAA